GUGCAGAGGGAAAAUUUUGUUCCUACAGGUUUUUUAAGUGGGUACGAGGCAAGGAGCUAUCUGAUCCGGGCAAAACCAUUACAGUUUAGAUCUCUAUCUACGGAACAUUUUUUUUCUUCCUUUAAAAAAAAUUGGAAAAUACAAGAAGUUUUGGAUUUUUUUUUCCUGAUUCUUUUUUUGGAGGGGGAAAUUGCAUCGUAAGCUUUUGGAGAAACCCAUCAUGUCAACUACCUUUCCCGGACUAGUCCACGAUGCGGAGGUAUUAUUACUUUUUUGUGUGUGUGUGUGAGCGCGCGCGCGUGAGUGUGUGAGUGUGUGGCGGCGGCGGUGGUGGUGGCGGUGGUGGUGGCAGCUUCCCCUGCCUCUAAUCUAUAUUGGACCGUUACGUUUAAUUAUAAUCUGGCUUUCGGGAGAAGUUACGGAAGGGAACGGGAGAAAGUUCGUUAUGACAUCUGUCGCAGGGAGGGCAACUCUCCUCCAAGUUAAGCACCAUUUGCAGUAAUGAGGGAGAAGCAUAAUCCUAACAAUAAGUGGGGACGAGGAGAAAGCUAGAGACACAGAAAGGAUUCUCCGAAAAGCAAAGAAAGGGGACUGAUGAGGGACAAUACGUCACGACGGAUCAAACAGCUACCGUUUGAUGCAGCUUGGCUGUCUGGAGUCCGUAGCCAAUUCCACGGUUGCCUAUUCCUCCUCCUCUCCUUUAACUUACUCUACCACCGGCACCGAGUUUGCGUCCCCCUACUUCUCCACUAACCACCAGUACACCCCGCUCCACCACCAGUCCUUCCAUUACGAGUUCCAGCACAGCCACCCGGCGGUCACUCCCGACGCCUACUCUCUGAACUCGCUCCACCACUCACAACAGUACUACCAGCAGAUUCACCACGGGGAGCCCACCGACUUUAUUAACCUGCACAAUGCGCGGGCUCUCAAGUCCUCCUGCCUGGACGAGCAGAGGCGGGAGCUGGGUUGCCUCGAUGCCUACCGCCGCCACGACCUGUCCCUCAUGAGCCAUGGCUCUCAGUAUGGAAUGCACCCAGAUCAAAGACUCCUGCCAGGGCCCAGCCUGGGGCUGGCCGCCGCGGGAGCCGACGACUUGCAGGGUUCCGUGGAAGCCCAGUGUGGGAUUGUUCUCAACGGCCAAGGGGGGGUGAUCAGAAGAGGUGGCACCUGUGUAGUCAACCCCACAGACUUGUUUUGCUCAGUUCCCGGUCGUUUGUCUCUUCUCAGUUCUACUUCCAAAUACAAGGUGACUAUCGCUGAGGUAAAGAGGCGCCUCUCACCACCCGAGUGCCUCAAUGCUUCACUUCUGGGAGGCAUUCUGAGGAGAGCAAAAUCCAAGAAUGGUGGUCGUUGCCUGAGAGAAAAACUGGAUAGGCUUGGCCUAAACUUGCCAGCUGGAAGACGGAAAGCAGCCAACGUUACCUUGCUCACUUCUUUAGUUGAAGGUGAGGCUUUGCACUUGGCUCGGGAUUUUGGCUACACGUGUGAAACCGAGUUUCCAGCCAAGGCAGUGGGAGAGCAUCUCGCCAGACAACAUAUGGAACAGAAAGAACAGACUGCAAGAAAAAAGAUGAUCCUAGCCACCAAGCAAAUUUGUAAAGAAUUUCAAGACCUCCUGAGCCAGGAUAGAUCACCACUGGGAUCCUCCAGACCCACUCCCAUUCUAGACCUUGACAUCCAGAGGCACUUAACACAUUUCAGUUUGAUCACUCAUGGUUUUGGGACACCAGCAAUAUGUGCAGCUCUAAGCACUUUCCAAACAGUCCUCAGUGAGAUGCUUAACUACUUGGAAAAACACACUACUCACAAAAACGGUGGUGCGGCAGACUCUGGCCAAGGACAUGCCAACUCGGAGAAAGCCCCGCUGCGGAAAGCUUCAGAGGCUGCUGUGAAAGAGGGCAAAACAGAAAAGACAGACUAGCUGCAUCAAACAGAAUCUAUUUCCAGAGAGUCUUGCUGCUCAUAUUUUUUUUUCUAAUAUAUACAUCAUUGAGGGUGACUAAUCUUCAGCGGACCAAAUCUUUACCCUCCCUGAGCCCUCCAUAAAAUGAAAUCAAAAGUGGAAAUGAAAACAAAAAAAAGUAAACAAAAAAAUGACAGAUCCAAAACAAUGAGAAAGAGGAAAACGGCAGUGUAACUAUGUGAUGGAAUUGUCACUUUUUUUUUUGUUGUUGUUAUGAUAAAACUUCUGUGCACGUACUUGAUUGCUCUGAAUUAUAUACACCACAGUUUUCAAGCACUUCUGGACUUCGGAGAGGCAGCACAUGCUUUUUCACAUAUAAUUGAUGCACUUUCUUAUCCAGCUAUAUAGUUAGGGGUCAGUCAGAGAGCAUGACCAAACUGGAGUCUGUCACCAAUGACUGCUGCUCCAGUCUUCCCUGACUUAACUCCCCAUCACUGAAGAGUGCCUCUUUCUAUUAAAUAGGCCAAUCUGAAAUUAACCACUAAUACAUGUUUGAGGAACUGAAAAGGACAGUCACAAACUUUUUGAGCUGACAGCAGUUCUAAAUAUUUGAUCACCCCAGAUUACUGAAUUAUCCGUGCCUUGGUGGUGUUUAAAAAUUCCAGAAACUGUCUCCCUUCCUUUCCUCUUAGCUCCCCUUUCCCAUUUCUAAGAACAUAAUCAAAAGACUUAUACAACACUGUAGGGAUAAGAGAUGAACUCUUCCAUGCCAACUGCACAGUUCAAAGAAACACUGAAUUUGGUCAAUGGGGUAUACAGAUGCAGAGGAGGGGAGCUUUGCCAUUAUUGGGCUCUCUGUCAAAUGCAAUGACAUUAUUUUGCCUAAAAAUUAUGAGAAUAGGAGGAGGGUAUUUCUGAUCAGUCCUGCCUUUAAGACAUGGGACCCCCUUCAAAGUGCUGGUGGCAAUGAUUGUGUGGUUGAAGUGAGAGCCAUGUUUUUGCGCUUCUAUGCUAUUUCUACCUGUUCCACAUGUUCUAAACUUUUAGAGGCACAAAAGCACCCUGGCUGUGUUCAAUAAAGAAAGCAAACAGAAUAAUUAGAGAAGACUUUUGCUUUUCAGAUGUUUUCUCUUUUUUCCCAUAGCUUGUUAUAGCUUUUUUACCUUUCAUUUAAGACACUACAAACAAGAAGUUCCUGACUGCAAAAGCCAGGGAUAAUUGAAAGAAUGUUUGGUCCACAUAAACCUGUAUAUGUCAAGAAAGUUGGUUGCCACUACAUUGUUCUAGCUUUUCUACUGUUAACAAUUAAACUUCAAUAUAGGCAAAUAAAAACAUAGAUCAUUAUGUAAUAAAGUAAUUAUUUUCAUGUGUGGAUAUUCAACACUUAGUUUAGCAUGAAAAUAUUACCCUCUCAUUAACAUACUUCAAUUAUUUUAAAGAGCUCUGCCAUAUUAUAACUUUUUCAAGAAUAUUAGCAUUAUAGCUAAUGAGAGGAAGUAUCUGGAAUUUUCAUGUAUGAAUCAAAGAAGCUAUUUUUACCUGACAUUAAUUCUUAAAACCAUUAUCUUGAGUCUUGUACAGAAAUGAACCAUAACCACUGAAAACCUAAAGUUUUUAGAUUAAAUUUAUUCAACAGGAGACAUGUUUGAAGAAUUCCAUAACAAUAGGAUAUUAUAGUAAUACAGUAGAAGAGCUUGAAAUAAAAAUAAAAGAAUUAUGAUUUCAUGUGUUUAGUUCCAUUUUUCAAUUUUAUCAUUAUUGAUGGCUUUAAUUUCUUAAGUAAAAUAAAGCAAAACCAACAUUCUUCCACAAUUCCAAAUUUCAUCAGAAAAUGAGUGAUACUAUGUUACAAGUCUCCCACAUUGUAAAAUAUGCACACAAAACAAAAAUAAUAUUUGAGUUUAGUAAGUGGUAGGAAAGUUACAUCUAGAUAAUGUGGACUACUAUAUCUGCAAUGAAAUUUCCACAUUAAUUGUUCUUUAUCGCAUUUAUUAUUAACAAUACAUUUGUAUUUAAUGUGGCAUUUUAAGAUGCAUACUGCUAGGUACUUGAUGCUAUAACCAUGGCAAAUGUUCACAAAUAUUCAAAUGGAACUCUAGAUCUGGCUUAUGUUACAAGUCAACUUCUUCACCCUUAGUUGUAACUGGCUUGGAUUCAAAACACCUCAGAGGUGGUGUUAUUUAUUAGCCUUGAAACAAAAUGUAACUAUAACUACAGUGCAUAUUAUUUACCAGGAUUGUGGGUGUUUUAAGAGCCUUCAUGAACAGCGCCCACCAUUUCACUCUACCAGUCAUUAGAACAUAAUCAAGUUGAAGGACUGGUCCAGUUUAAAAUCAUCAUUUAUUAUCAUAUUCUAAUAUACAUUGUUAAUACCACCUUUUGCCUUGUAUAUAAUAGGUACUCAACACUUUUUAAAUAAAUGAGUAAAUGAAUGUGUGUUUGUUCUUUGUCCAAAGUGGGCCAAAGGACCUUCAAAUAUUUUAUGUUUUCUUUCUCUGCUCAAUGUUUCAGUUGAGCUUGCUUCUUUCCCUCCAUGGUAAUUUACAGUUAAAUUUUAUUUUGAUAAAAAAAUUUCAUCAUAGUACAUUAGUGGCAUAUAGAUACAUUUAAUAUGGGACUAUAUGGAAAUCUUCUUUGAUAUCAACAUUUUAAUAAAAACAAAGCUAGAAUAUUAUCAGUUUAUAAUGAAGAAAGACAGUUAACAAGAAUAUGGUUUUCCAUGUUAUAAGUAACAUAUGAGACUGAUCAGAUUACCAGUUACUCAGACAAAAAAUAUUGUACAAGCUAAUACAUUACUAAGGCAAAUGAGAAUAUUUAAACUUGGUGAAGCUAAGUGUCUAUACCAAAAGAUACUUGCUUUACAGGUGUUUAGAUGCUGUAGUCAUAGCUUUCAUUAGAUUUACAAUUAGACAUGUUUGGUGGCUCUAGAAAGAUAAACAAAAACUCUGAAUUACUCUCUUCUCUGGAAAGAUAGGGCCAUGGAAAGACACUGAUCUUUCUCCCGUCUGUCUUCUUUGUGGAUUCCUUACCAUGGGGCAUAAUCCCUCCUUGGACUUCCAGGUUCUCUGCUUAUCCUUUAUUGAUGGGUAUGUAACAAGUAAGGCUGAGCUUGGCAGGGAGAAGCUGCAAGCCUCAUAAUCCAAAGGUGGCACUUGACCUUUUGCCACCUGGUUCUCUGAGGAGAAAUAUGUCAAUAAAUCAUCCUUACUAAUAAUGACUGAAAUUAGAAACAAUUUUCUUUUUUUAAUAUACUUUUUAUUAGGUAUUUAUUUUAUUUACAUUUCCAAUGCUAUCCCAAAAAUCCCCCCCACCCUCCCUCCCCACCCACUCCCACUUCUCAGCCCUGAUUUUCUCCUAUACUGAGGCAUAUAAAGUUUGCACGACCAAUGGGUCUCUCUUUCCACUGAUGGCCGACUAGGCCAUCCUCUGAUACAUAUGCAGCUAGAGACACAAGCUCCGGGGGUACUGGUUAGUUCAUAUUGUUGUUCCACCCAUAGGGCUGCAGACACCAUUGCAUACACUAGCAAGAUUUUGCUGAAAGGACCCAGAUAUAGCUGUCUCUUGUGAGACUAUGCAAACACAGAAGUGGAUGCUCACAGUCAGCUAUUGGAUGGAUCCCAGGUCCCCCAAUGGAAGAGCUAGAGAAAGAAACCAUUUUCUAUUUGCUUCCUUUUGUGCUUCGUUUUAAGCAUGUUAGAUGACUGAAAUUUUGUAAACUGGAUCAAAGAAUGAGUGUGUUUUCUUCUUACCAAAGGCAAUGCAUGAGAAGCAGCAAGGCCUAAUGGCUGAUAGUACCACUCUGAGACCAAGAUACCUGGGAUCAAAUGAGGAGUCUUUGUUUAGUAUGGUGUGAUCUUAAACAAAUCAUUGGACUUCCCUAUGCCUUUGACUCUUCCCCUCUGUGAAAGGAAAAUAAUACUAGUUAUCUACUCAAAGAACUACUAUCAGAACUGCUUCUUUUGUGCUCUCUGAGAACACUUGCCAGAUUUCACCUCAGUGAUGCUGGUCUCUUCUUCAUCACCACUAAUUUCUUAACUCCAGAUAACCAGCAUCAGUUAUCUCAGUAAUCCCUUUUAUUCUAGUCUCUAAAGCCAGAGCCACAUAGCCAAAGCUGUUGAGUUUUGCUGCUUGCUGGGGCUGGAACACGAUGCCCCCUUGUUUUAUCUAUCACAUUAUCACCAGCUUUUUGUUUUCCAACUCUUUCACUGCCUAAGCUUGGCUGUCCUGGAACUUGUUGGGUAGACUGACUUUGAACUCAAAGAUCUACACAUGUGUUUCCUAAGCACUGGGAUUAAAGGUGUUAUCCACCAAGCCCGGAUUUAAGGUUUUCUUCACCUAGAACUUGCUCUUUUCUAGGCUGGCCUUGAUCUCAGAGAUCUGCUUGGCUUUGCCUCCUGGGAUUAAAGUCUUGUACUACCAUGCCUGAACCUAAACUUAGCUGGGUGGGAUCUUGCCCCAAGAUCACUACUCCUUUAAUUCAAUUUAAUAUUUUUGAACACAGGAUUCAGCUCCAUUUCACUUUCUGGUGCCCCUAUAAUACUCAAACCAUAUAUUUUGUAUUUUUCCUUUCUCAACUUUCUCCUUUUCAUUAAAAUGCUCUUUAUAACAGUGAACUUUAGUAGCCACACAACAGAAUUUACACCAGGCUAUUUUGAGACUUCCUUUUUCAAAGCAAUCAAUCUAAAUAUCCUUCCCUUAGCUUCAGGCAGAAUUUUUAUACAAUGGCAAAAGCAGCCACAUUUUUCCCCAAAAUACCACAAAAACAGGCUUUAGGCCACAUAUUGAAAUUCUUCUUCAUUGAAACCGCUUGGGCCAGGUCAGCACAGUUCAAACCUCUCACAGCAACAAAGAUCCAUAUUUUUUCUAGGGUAUCCCAGUAAGUUCCAUUUAAAGUAUUCCAAUGCUUUCCAAAUCCAAAGCCCCCCAAAUCCACAUUCUUUCAUAUAAAAACACCAUCAGGCCGAUCACAGCAAUACCCCAGUCCCUAGUGCCAAUUUCUGUAUUAGUUAGUAUUCUAUUGCUUUGAACAGACGCCAUGACCAAGUCAACUUUUUUAAAGGAUGACAUUUAAUUGGGGCUGACUUAUAGGUUCAGAGGUUCAGUCCAUUACCAUUAAGGCAGGAGCAUGGCAGCAUCCAGGUAGGCAUGGUUCAGGAGCUGAGAGUUCUGCAUCUUCAUCUGAAGACUGCUAGCAAAAUACUGGCUUCCAGGCAUCUAGGAUAAGGAUCUUAAAGCCCACACCCACAGUGACACACCUACUCCAACAAGGCUGCACCUACUCCAACUGGGUCACAUCUUCUAAUAGUGCCACUCCCUGGACUAAGCAUAUACAAACUAUCACACUGUUCUAUUCAUAAUAGCCAUAAAUAAACAAUCUAGGGUCUGUCAACAGAUGAAUAGAUGGAAAAAAUGUGGUAUGUUUACACAAUGGAUUAUUACUCAGCUGUUAACAAAUGAAAUUAUGAAAUUUACAUGUAAAUGAAUGCAACUAGAAAAAAAAGUCAGAGGAACACUCCUCCACUGCUGGUGGGAUUGCAAGCUUGUACAACCACUCUGGAAGUCAGUCUGGAGGUUCCUCAGAAAAUUGGACAUAGUACUACCGGAAGAUCCAGCAAUACCUCUCCUGGGCAUAUACCCAGAAGAAGUUCCAACUGGUUAUAAGAACACAUACUCCACUAUGUUCAUAGCAGCCUUAUUUAUAAUAGCCAGAAGCUGGAAAGAACCCAGAUGUCCCUCAACAGAAGAAUGGAUACAGAAAAUGUGGUACAUUUAUACAAUUGAGUACUACUCAGCUAUUAAAAACAAUGGAUUUAUGAAAUUCUUGGACAAAUGGAUGUAUCUGGAGGAUAUCAUCCUGAGUGAGGUAACCCAAUCACAAAAGAAGUCAUUAGAUAUGCACUCACUGAUAAGUGGAUAUUAGCCCAGAAACAUAGAACACCCAAGAUACAAUUUGCAAAACACAAGAAAAUCAAGAAGAAGGAAGACCAAUGGGUGGAUACUUCAUUCCUUCUUAGAAUAGGGAACAAAAUACCCAUGAAAGGAGUUACAGAGACAGAGUUUGGAGCUAAGACGAAAGGAUGAACUAUCCAGAGCAUACCCCACCCGGAUCCAUCCCAUAAUCAGUCACCAAACCCAGACACUAUUGCAUAUGCCAGAAAGAUUUUGCUGAAGGGUCCCUGUUAUAGCUGUCUCAUAUGAAGCUAUGCCAGCACCUGGCAAAUACAGAAGUGAAUGCUCACAGUCAUCUAUAAGAUGGAACACAGGGCCCCCAAUGGAGGAGCUAGAGAAAACACCCAAGGAGCUGAAGGGGUCUGCAACCCUAUAGGUGGAACAACAACAUGAACUAAACAGUAUCCCCUAAAGCUCAUGUCUCUAGCUGCAUAUGUAGCAGAAGAUGGCCUAGUCGGCCAUCAUUGGGCCCCUUGGUAUUGCAAACUUUAUAUGCCCCAGUACAGGGGAAUGCCUGGGCCAAGAAGCAGGAGUGGGUGGGUAGGGGAGCAGGGCAGAGGGAGGGUAUAGGGAACUUUCGUGAUAGCAUUUGAAAUGUAUAUAAAGAGAAUAUCUAAUUUAAAAUAAAGAAAGAAAAAAAGUCAUCCUGAGUUAGGUAACACUGUCUCAGAAUGACUAAUAUGAGAUGUAUUCACUUAUGUAUGGAAGUCAAUGAUAACCAGGUAACAAGCCAUAGAACCAUAGAGGUUAGGUAUAGAAUGAGGGACUAGGUGCUACAGAUAGAUCUCCCUAGAAAAGGGAAAUAGAAUAAAUACGUAUGGGAAUAGAAUUCAAAGAUCCAUUGGGCAAUGGGACAAAAGAGAGGGACAAGAGAGUGAACAUGGUAAGGAGAAACAACUAAAAUUAAGAGCCAUUUGAGUGGUAGUAUGAAAACCUAAUACAGUAGUAACUUCCUAAAGUAUACACACAUAUGAAGGUAAUCUAAAUGAAAUCAUCAAAUAAGAGGGGAGUCAGAGUCCCAAAUGGCUAUCUCUUGUCACCAAAUGACAAAUCUUUUGGGUUAUAUAUAAUUAAAUUGUUGGCCAAAGGGGUCCCAUGGAAAUCCCUACACAAACAAGGCUGUUGCCAAGAUAAUAAGUUGCUCUCCACAAACUGACAGCAAGGCCACACAGCUGAAGAAAACACCUCCGCAACUUGUAAUUUUUCCCCCACUUAUUCUGAAAGCAAGCUCAGGACUUUCAGUUUUUAUGGCUUGUACCCAGUAAGCAUUGGACAAACCAAAACCUUUUGCUCCUCAAAUAUUUGUUUUAACUUUAUUGUUUGUCAUAACCAAUGGUAUAAGGAGUAAUUGAGCAAUUCUCUGUCCUGGUUGAAUGACAGAAAUACAGGUACGUAAUGAAGUUAUAAUGUUAAUUUCCCCAGUAUAAUCUGCAUCUACAACUUCUAGAGCAGUCAUCAAUCCUGCCAUAGUGGCACUGCUUCUUCCCAGUAACAAUCCUACAGUCCCUGACAACAACGGACCACAUAUUCCAGUAGGAAGAGACUGCAUCCUCAUUUCAGGAGUUAAUACUGUGUAGGUGGAGGGACUGAGGUCAACUCCUGUGCUGCCUGAUUGGCUCAGAAAAGAUUCUGAAAGGACUGUUCUGCUGAGGAAUGAACUGCAUUGCCCUAUAACAUAGUUUCAGGGCCCUCUUUUGCUUCCGAGUGAGGAAAUAUAUUACAGUAACCAUGAUGAGAAAUAAGUGUACUGCUCUUUUGAAAUAUGUGGUUAAUCACAGACUGUCAUCUAAUCUGUUACAUACUGUAUUUUUCACCCUGAAUAAAAGUAAUUUUAACACA